UCGCCGGCAGGUCGCGCUUUCCCUUAGCACCGGUCACUUCCGAAUGGAGGAACUAGCGCUUCCGGGUUAGAGCGUCUGUUACUGCUCCUUGGUGUCAGAGGCGUCUCCUGUGGCCCCGGAAGCGGCAGCUUCAGUCUCCUGGCGACCUUCCCCCUUCUUCCUCCUCCUUUCUCCAGCCCACCCUCUUUCAGCGCGGGGGUGGUAGGACGAAGGACCCAGCCCUGAGAGAAGGGACCGGCGACGCCCUCCAGGCCUGUAGAAAAGUUUGCGAUUCAGCAUGGAGCAAAGAAGAUAGUAGCAGAAGGCAGCAGGCGUUGCAGGCAAGAUGGCUUUCUUGGACAAUCCCACCAUUAUCCUGGCUCACAUCCGACAGUCGCAUGUGACCAGUGAUGACACGGGGAUGUGUGAAAUGGUGCUGAUCGACCAUGACGUCGACCUGGACAAAUUUCAGCCCGCGUCGGCCAACGGGGACGGCGUCUCAGAAACGCAGAGCGGCAACGGCGAGUCUCAGGGUUACGUAUACUGUCAGUCGGUCGACAUUACCUCAAGUUGGGACUUCGGCAUCAGAAGGCGAUCAAACACAGCUCAGAGACUCGAACGGCUACGGAAAGAGAGGCAAAAUCAGAUUAAGUGCAAGAAUGUACAGUGGAAGGAGAGAAACACAUGCUAUUCAGCAGAGGAACUGAGCUUGCUCUUUGAGAAGAAGAACUUCAGGUUGAAGCCUCAGCAUGCUGUAAAGCCGUCCAUCCUCUCAGUCCGACUGGAGCAGUGCCCGCUACAGCUGAACAACCCGUUCAAUGAAUACUCAAAAUUUGAUGGCAAGGGCCAUAUUGGCACGACUGCAACCAAAAUAAUUGAUGUCUACCUCCCGCUGCACGCAAGCCAGGACAAGUUGCAGCCCAUGACUGUGGUGACGAUUGCCAACGCCAAGGUGCACGACUUGAUCGGGCUCAUCUGCUGGCAGUACACGAGCGAAGGACGGGAACCCAAACUCAAUGACAAUGUCAGCGCAUACUGUCUCCACAUUGCAGAGGACGAUGGUGAGGUUGACACAGAUUUCCCGCCCUUAGAUUGCAACGAGCCCAUCCACAAGUUUGGCUUCAGCACGCUGGCGCUGGUUGAGAGAUACUCGUCCCCUGGCUUGGCGGCCAAGCAGUCCCUCUUCGUCCGAAUAAAUGCUGCGCAUGGAUUCUCACUUAUCCAGGUGGACAGCAUGAAGGUCACCAUGAAGGACGUUUUGCAAAAGGCUUUGAAACGGAGAAAAGGAUCCCAGCGAGGCUCAGGCCCUCAGUACCGGCUGGAGAAGCAGAAUGAGCCCAACGUCCCUGUUGACUUAGACUGUACCUUGGAAAGCCAGAGCACUUUGGAAUUCUGCCUCGUCCGUGAAAAUAGUUCGAGAGGAGAGGAGAUCUCUGAAGAAGACCCGCAGAUCGACAUUGCGACCGUUCAGGACAUGCUAAGCAGCCAUCAUUACAAGUCUUUCAAAGUCAGCAUGAUCCACCGACUUCGGUUCACCACAGAUGUUCAGCUAGGCAUCUCGGGGGACAAGGUGGAAGUGGAUCCCGUGACGAAUCAGAAAGCCAGCGCCAAGUUCUGGAUUAAGCAGAAGCCAACCUCCAUCGACUCCGAACUCCUCUGCACUUGUGACCUUGCGGAAGAGAAGAGUCCCAGUCAUGCAAUAUUUAAACUCACAUAUCUAAGCAAUCACGACUACAAACAUCUCUACUUUGAGUCGGAUGCCGCUACUGUCAAUGAGAUUGUGCUGAAGGUGAACUAUAUCCUCGAAUCCCGUGCCAGCACAGCACGAGCAGAUUACUUGGCUCAGAAGCAAAGAAAAUUGAGUCGAAGGACCAGCUUCAGCUUCCAGAAGGAGAAGAAAUCAGGGCAGCAGUGAAGUCAAGGCUGGUCUGGAGCCAAACUGAAGAGACGCUGCCCUGCUUAGGGACAAAGCAAGAGAUGCCCCCCCCCCCCAACAGCUUGGGAC